GUUCAUACUUCAUUCAGUAUCUGGACCUCAUCACAAUAUAUACCGCAUUUCAUAUUUUCAGUUUGUGAUAUUAUAAAGAACAAAAUGGGACUUCCUCAAUUGGAAACCUGCUGUUGUGUCUUCCCCUUGAAGACUGGCAACAUCAUUAUGGGGUGCUUAAACUCGAUGAUGUCGUUCACGUUGUUCAUCGUAAUGAUAGUAUUGACGUGUACACUGGAGCCCCUAACAGAGACUGAUGACAUAAACGCACGGGCAGAGUACACGGGCCUCUACGCGAUGUCUAUCAUCCUGGUGCUGAUGUUUCUCGCCAAGUUCUGCUUUGAUCUGUUAUUCGUCUACGGCGUUGUUACGGAGAAGCCUGGAAUCAUUAGAGCGUACUUCAUGAUGUGGACAGCAUUUUUUCUUCUCUCCAUGUUCACAUUUUUCCUGAACGCACCGCAUUACAGCUCAGGAGCCAUUUGCAUGGAAGUUAUCUACAUCUGUUUUAACGUGUAUGCCAUUCUGCUGUUGCACAGCUUUUAUAAACAGCUGAAUACAAGAGAAGAGGUUUAAAUAACUGGUUUUUGCCAAAUUCAUUCGUUUUAUGUAUUGCUAGUUUGACAUUACUUUAUUUUUCUAAAAUAAACAUAGCCUAAGUUACUCCUUAUUACAUCAGCUACCUGCCAAUAUCGUCAAGUCCCGUCAAAAUCGGUCUAGACAUUUCAGAGAUUAGCCGGAACAAACAUACAGACGGACAAAAAUUGUAAAAAACAUAAUUAUUUUGGUGUAUGUAUGUAUAUUCAUAUACAAUAUGAAGUAAAAAACGGUUUUUCUAAUACAACAAACAGACACUCCAAUUUCAUUUAUAUGUAUAGAUGUAUCUAGAAGUUAGAACUAGGUGUACGUUGAUUCACCCGAGGCAAUAGAUGGUGAGACAUUCAUAAAAUGCUGCCAAUUUUUUUCUUUAUCUUGCAUCAUGACGUGGUCAACUGACAGGUCUGAUUAUUAGAUAUUUAUUUGACUUAUCUUUGACAUUUUAAAUGUGACAUUAACUAAAACACGAUUGACAUUAAUCUUAAUAGAAAUAAGAUAAUAUUUUUACUGUUUUUGUAAUAAUCCAAUGUUUGAGAAUAAAAUAGAAAUUGGUAAACCAAUACCAACACAAAAAGAUUGCUAGAAAAUAAUGUUUUUUACUAAAUUGAUUAAUUAUUAGUAUUUAAAUUAAUACUCGUAUCAAACGACGCUUUCGGUAAUAAAUUUUGCACUGUUUUGCGCACUGGCUAUAUUUUUUCUUGAUAUUUUUUUUAAUGGAAAAGGAGGACAAACGAGCGUACGGGUCACCUGGUGUUAAGUGAUCACCGCCGCCCACAUUCUCUUGCAACACCAGAGGAAUCACAGGAGCGUUGCCGGCCUUUAAGGAAGGUGUACGCACUUUUUUUGAAGGUACCCAUGUCGUAUCGUCCCGGAAAUACCGCACAAGUAAGCUCAUUCCACAUCUUUGUAGUACGUGGAAGCAAGCUCCUUGAAAACCGCACUGUGGAGGACCACCACACAUCCAGAUGGUGGGGAUGAUAUCCUUACUUGUGGCGUGUCGUGCGAAGGUGGAAGUUGGCGGCAGGAAUCAGGUGAAACAGCUUUUCGGAACACUCCCCAUCAUAAAUGCGGUAGAGGACACACAAUGAAACGAUGUCUCUACGCAACGCCAAGAGAUCCAGCCAUUCACAGAGCACUGGGUCCACGACAAUUCGAGCUACUCUGCGUUGCACGCGGUCAAAUGGAUCGAGCUGAUACUGGGGUGCGCCAGACCAGAGAUGACAGCAAUACUCCAUAUUUUCUUUGUACAGCGCUAAAAUGUGGUCCGGCUUGAAGUAUUUGCCGUGCUCUAUUUAUGACGCCCAGUUUCUUCGAAGCCAAUUUGGCUUUUAUAUUCAAGUGAACGUGUUGUCACGCAGUUUUCAGCGACAAUUAUUCCGUUUCAAUUCUGGGCAUGGACAUAAUGACAGUUUUAAAGAAUCAAAGAGUAAAUGGUUUAUCAUGGUACUACCCAGAUUUGAUUAAGAUAUUCAAUAUAAUAAAACAGUGCAGGACAUUAUCCUGUCUUUCCUGGACAUUAUCCUGGACUUUAUUAACAUUAACAUGCCGGCUAUCUUAACACCAAACGGUAUUUCCCGUGACGGCGGCAAAACUCCUGAUGGUAUUCACAUUGAUUCCUUGGAGGAGUUUGGGGUGAUAUCUUGGGUACAUGGGGUCCGUCAGCAUGAAGUCAUGAACCCUCAUUUAAAGGGCUUAUUAAUUUGACAAACAAUCCGAGAUCUGAAGUUUGGCAACACAAAGAGUUGCAGCACCUUAUCUGCAGGUUCUCUACCUCAAUGCGGUUUACUUUGCGGGUUUUGAACACGAUUCCUAUCUGAUGGUGCUACAUAAUAAUUAGUUAUGUAUAUUACAGUCAUUGUAAAAUACUCAAUUUAAAUGAAAAGAGUGGUUGUUGAGUUUCUUGUAAGUUUAUUCUUCUUACGAGCUCUACUUUUUCGAACAUAUUAUGGUAGUUUCAGUAAUUUAAAAGAAAACGAAAAAGCACUUAGUAACACUAUUUUGUGAAUUUUUUUUUAGAAAAAAAAUACUUAAUAUUUUAAUGAAAGAAAUCAUAAGAUAGUAUAAUAACAUGUCCACUAUAGUAAACACAUUACAAAGAAUUCAAUUGAAAUAUUUUUUAUUUUCACGCGUUUAGCAAAAUAGUCACAAUUUCUCGUGCAACUCUGAAAGAGCGGCGAUACUCGUAUUGCAGCACGAAUCUAUCACAAAUCACGUUUUUUGUUUACAAUCUUGGUGAUCGCUUGUUUAUCUAACAACUCAACUCAACUCAACAAGAAUACCUCGGCUAAUGUAAACGCAAGUGGCUAUAGUAUCUCAAGUGGCCGCGCCGAGUUUGGCGCCAAAACAGCUGAGUCGGUGGCGUCUGCGGGCGCGCGGGACAUGACAGCAUUGCUUAGGUUAAGCCUAAUUGAAUAAAGUUUAUUUGACUUGACUAAUAAUGUACCUAUACUUAAUUCAUAAUUUUAUUGUAAAUUAUUGAAUGUAAGAAAGACAUAGCUAAUAAGUGUUGUUAUGUGCCAUAAAAUAAAAGUAUAAAAUACAGCAAACGGCCAUGUAAACUAAAACAUUUAUGACGUCACGGCUCAAUAAAACUUGGAAACAUAAUAUAUCGUCGCUUGAAGUUUUGAUGUAUUGUAGUACAAAUCAAGAAUUUAUAUAUUAUACUAUGGAUAUUUAAUUUGUAAAUAAAAUGUGAUCUGUUA